UACCACAAUGUCACCCUAUACAAAAACAAAAAUCGAGCUACAGAAUGGCUUAUUUCGCUACUAGGAAAUAAAUGUGAAGUCUGAAAGGUUGUUCCGAUCUUAUAUAUUUGCUGAUCAUGGACAAAGUUUAGGCGGAGUAAACCCUCUCCGCAACCAUCGCCCUUGGUACACACCCACACGGACAGAGACGAAUGCGAUAAUAGAAUGAUAGGACAAGAUUAAAAAAAUAGUGCAUCGAGUCAUUCAUCGUGUAUUGCGCGACUCGAUUAGGAAGGAAAUAGACAAACUAGCUUGAAGAGAUAAUGUACUCGUACAGGGAGAUAUUGAUUGGUUUCUACUUGUUCACCUGUGCUACACUUUCAUGGGGUGACGAAGGGAACUUUCUCCACAUCUCUGAUGUUCAUUACGACCCUUUCUACGGGGAUGGGGUGUACCCGACCUCAAGCUCCUGUUCAGAGGCCAUCGAUCCCGCCCAGUACCCCUUGGGUAAUCAUCAUUGUGACAGCCCAUGGGCGCUGGUAGAGAGUGUGUUCCAGGCCAUGGCUGAUACCAUGACAAGUGAAACGGACUUCAUCGUUUGGACAGGGGACACCCCGGGUGCCAUAGACCUGAGUCAUCUUAAUACCACCAAAGUACUCUCCAUGAUCCAAAAUGUAACUUCAGAGAUGAGAGAACGGUUGCCUGCUGACAUUCGUGUCUUCCCGGCUAUUGGUAACCAUGACAACUAUCCUCGUCACAUCCUCGAUCCCGCGCCCAAUGAAUUCAGGGAUAGCCUGGCCGAGGUUUGGGACCCGUGGCUUGCAAACUACCAAGAUGCCAAUGAUACAUUCAAAUCAGGUGGUUACUAUGUAACUCCAAUAAACGGUAAUCUAUGGAUGGUAGUACUGAAUACUGCUAUGUAUUACUACAAGGACCCAUUAACAGAAGGCAUUGCUGAUCCAGCAGGGCAGUUCGAUUGGCUAGAAGACACUCUCGAAGCUGCACAGACCGCCGGUAAAAAGGUAUUCAUCAAUGCUCACAUCUUACCUGGUUCGUUGGAGGGAGAAACGAAGAUCUCUUUUCAAACCAGCUUUAACGUGAGGUAUCUAGAAAUCAAUCGAAAGUACAGUAACGUGAUUAAAGGACAAUUCUUCGGCCAUCAUCAUUACGAUAGCUUCAGAAUACUCUAUGAUGACACAGGUUUGCCUAUCAACGCUCUAUACGUCCAGCCCUCCGUAACACCUCGUCAAACACCGGCUCCUCGGAAUCCUAGCUUCCGUAUGGUGACCUACGACCGCGAUACAGGCGACAUCAUUGACAUCCAUCAAUACUACCUCGACAUCAGCAUGGACAAACCGACCUGGGAACUAGAGUACCGCGCCACCGAGGCUUACAACAUCGCCGAUCUUAGCCCCGUAUCCCUUGACCAACUCGUCGACAAGUUUUCGAGUGAGGAGUCGAGUCCGGAUGCCUUUGAGCGGUAUUACUUGUACAACACAGUAAUGGCUUCUGCGGGCGAGUGCGACGAGGACUGUAGGAAGUUACACAUUUGCGCCAUCACUAAACUGGAUAUUCCUGAAUAUGAAGAUUGUAUAGCUGGAAGUGGAAACGUUGUCAGAGGAAGCCUUCGUACUGUCAUUUUGUUGUUUAUUGUCCGACUGUGGCAAUCGUUGAUGUCAUGAUCUCAAGCAACUAUUUAUGUGGUUUUGAUACUCAGCCUAAACGAAUUAGUGGAAAGUAAUCAAAAUUAUUUGUUUUAUAAAAAAAAAUUAGAGUUCCCUAUAAACAUCUAUAUGCCUGGCUAUGUAUCCCAAUCACUUCAUUCUCUGAACUAUUCUGAUUUUAAACUUUUUAUUGAUAUUAUAUUUCAUUGGGUCUCUUUUAUUCAUUUAUUUAUUGCGUUUUAUUUAAACAGGGUAGCCCGUCAUUGUAAUCAAAGUACUGUUUUCCGGUCCCCCCCCCCCUCAAGUUUUUUUUAAUUAAAAAAA